GGCAGGAGCAUCAACGCGAGUAGCUGCAAGCAGCCGCGGCAGCGGCGGAGUGUCGUUGCAGUUGCGCCAUCUGUCAAGAGCCGAGCAGGAGGGGAGGGGGCUGCCGCGGGAAAGGAGGAGGGGUCGUGAGCCGAAGGCCGCGGAGACCCGCCCGCCCGCCGAUCGCGGGAACAGAGGCAAGGCUGCCCUAAGAGCCGCGCGUCCUCCGCCGUCCGGGCUCGCGGCGCUUCACCCCGCGCACCGAGGGCUCCCCGGGCGCACACAAAGCCGUCGCCUGCACCUCACCGCCCGGCGGCCGCCGCCUGCACCGGAAAGGGAUCCGGCCGCCGGGCCGGGGAUACUCGGCGCCGCCCCCUCGGCGCUCUCGGAAGGCCCACCAGCUCCCGAUCCCGCCGGAGCCCCCGGAGCUGCCCGGGCCGCGCUGGAGGAGGGCGGGGAGAAGACCAUGUGAAUGGGGUCCGGAGCCUGAGCGCCGCACAGAGUCCUUCCAGACAAGACUACCAAGAGCAAGUGAGACGGUUUGAAGGUCGAUCAGGAGGCAGUGUGAGCCGGUAGAAAGAGACCACUCCAGCAGCUGUAUUAGAAGACAUGUGGUGUAUAUAAAGUUUGCGUAGUUGGGGGAAAUUUUGGAAUUUAGAUAAUGGGCUGUGUGCAAUGUAAGGAUAAAGAAGCAACAAAACUGACAGAGGAGAGGGAUGGCAGCCUGAACCAGAGCUCCGGGUACCGCUAUGGCACAGACCCCACUCCUCAGCACUAUCCCAGCUUCGGCGUGACCUCCAUCCCGAACUACAACAACUUCCACGCAGCCGGAGGCCAAGGACUCACCGUCUUUGGGGGUGUGAACUCUUCGUCUCAUACUGGGACCUUGCGGACGAGAGGAGGAACAGGAGUGACCCUGUUUGUGGCCCUUUAUGAUUAUGAAGCACGGACAGAAGAUGACCUGAGUUUUCACAAAGGAGAGAAAUUUCAAAUCUUGAACAGCUCGGAAGGAGAUUGGUGGGAAGCCCGCUCCUUGACAACCGGAGAGACGGGUUACAUUCCCAGCAAUUAUGUGGCACCAGUUGACUCUAUCCAGGCAGAAGAGUGGUACUUUGGAAAACUUGGCCGAAAAGAUGCUGAACGACAGCUUUUGUCCUUUGGAAACCCAAGAGGUACCUUUCUUAUCCGUGAGAGUGAAACCACCAAAGGUGCCUAUUCACUUUCUAUACGUGAUUGGGAUGAUAUGAAAGGAGACCAUGUCAAACAUUAUAAAAUUCGCAAACUUGACAAUGGUGGAUACUAUAUUACCACCCGGGCCCAGUUUGAAACACUUCAGCAGCUGGUACAGCAUUACUCAGAGAGAGCUGCAGGUCUCUGCUGCCGCCUAGUAGUUCCCUGUCACAAAGGGAUGCCAAGGCUUACCGAUCUGUCUGUCAAAACCAAAGAUGUCUGGGAAAUCCCUCGAGAAUCCCUGCAGUUGAUCAAGAGACUGGGAAAUGGGCAGUUUGGGGAAGUAUGGAUGGGUACCUGGAAUGGAAACACAAAAGUAGCCAUAAAGACUCUUAAACCAGGCACAAUGUCCCCCGAAUCGUUCCUUGAGGAAGCACAGAUCAUGAAGAAGUUGAAGCAUGACAAGCUGGUCCAGCUGUAUGCGGUGGUGUCCGAGGAACCCAUCUACAUUGUCACCGAGUAUAUGAACAAAGGGAGUUUACUUGAUUUCUUAAAAGAUGGAGAAGGAAGAGCUCUGAAAUUACCUAAUCUUGUGGACAUGGCAGCACAGGUUGCGGCAGGAAUGGCUUACAUUGAGCGCAUGAAUUAUAUCCACAGAGAUCUGCGAUCAGCAAAUAUUCUAGUGGGGAAUGGAUUAAUAUGCAAGAUCGCUGACUUUGGAUUGGCCAGAUUGAUCGAAGACAAUGAGUACACAGCCAGACAAGGUGCAAAGUUCCCCAUUAAGUGGACGGCCCCCGAAGCAGCCCUGUAUGGGAGGUUCACAAUCAAGUCUGACGUGUGGUCUUUCGGAAUCUUACUCACAGAGCUGGUCACCAAAGGAAGAGUGCCCUACCCAGGCAUGAACAACCGGGAGGUGCUGGAGCAGGUGGAGCGCGGCUACCGGAUGCCCUGUCCGCAGGACUGCCCCAUCUCUCUGCACGAGCUCAUGAUCCACUGCUGGAAAAAGGACCCGGAAGAACGGCCCACUUUCGAGUACUUACAGGGCUUCCUGGAAGACUACUUCACAGCCACAGAGCCCCAGUAUCAGCCUGGCGAAAACCUGUAAGACACGGGUCAGCAGAGAGAGGCCUUGUCCCAGAGGCCUCCGCCCCCUCCCCAUUAGCUUUCAAUUCUGUAGCCUGCUGCUCCGGGGCAGCGAGAACAGUCCAGGAUCAGAUUGCAUGUGACUCUGAAGCUGACGAACUUCCAUGGCCCUCACUUGUCCCCAAAUCCGAACCUCCUCUGUGAAGCAUACGAGACAGAACCUUGUUAUUUCUCAGACUUUGGAAAAUGCAUUGUAUCGAUGUUAUGUAAAAGGCCAAACCUCUGUUCAGUGUAAAUAGUUACUCCAGUGCCAACAAUCCUAAUGCUUUCCUUUUUUAAAAAUGCAAAUCCUAUGUGAUUUUAACUCUGUCUUUACCUGAUUCAACUAAAAAAAAAAAAAAGUAUUAUUUUCCAAAAGUGGCCUCUUUGUCUAAAACAAUAAAAUUUUUUUUCAUGUUUUAACAAAAA